CUCCAACAUACGACAGAUUCAACAAUUAGUCCUGUGAACGAUGCUGAACAGCUCCAACAAAAUGACGACUCCAACAAAAUAACGGUCCCAAUAAACGACGGCUCCAGUAAACAACGAUUUAACAAAUAUCAGCAUCAAAAAAAAGAUAAUGCUACAAAAAAAGAAGUUAAAUUGUGA